AUGGGUGCUGCCCUGCGACAAGGCGGCCACACGGCCAGAGCCAUGCUGGAGAAGGGCUGGAGGGCGGUGAACCGAGCCUACUGUGCUCACUUCGAAGACGACGCGCGGCAGUCGGCAAUACAGCUGCUCUUGCGCAGCCAUAAGCUGGCCAAGGCUCCUUCCAUUCCGGAGGUCCGUCGAAGUCCUCAGGGCAAGCUGCGUUUGGCCUUGGCUUCCUGGAACCUCCAUGGCCGCGCGCCCUGGGAGUCGGCAGAGACCCUGCGAAGCUUGGUGCGAGGAGCUUGCGAGGUUCAGGGGAGCACCCGAGAAAGCCCGGACAUCUUCGUGUUCUGCUUCCAAGAAUUUUCCGAGCUUUCCGCCAGCAACGUGGUGCUCCUCAGCUCCGGGGAUGAGCUCCAGCAGGCGCGCUUCGCAUCGGCCGGUGCCGCUGCCCUGAAAGCCGAGCUCGGCGAGAGCUUCUGGGAGCUGCGGAGCUGCGGAAUGGUGGGCCUUUUCGUUGGCGUCUUUGUGGCGCAGCGCUUGGCCGGCUCCGUGAAAUCCGUUUCGGCGGACAGAGUUCGCUCGGGGCUCUAUGGGCAAGCUGGCAACAAGGGCGCCGUGGCCGUCAGCUUCAAGAUUGAGGAGACCUCGAUCUGUGCCAUCAGCUUGCACUUGGAGAGUGGCCAGCACGGCAAGAAGGCUCAGGAGCGCCUUGAACAGCUCCGGGAGAUCCUCCAGGGCGUGCGCCACGAGAAGGCGAAGUACGACGUCAUGGUUCUAGGUGGUGACUUCAAUUUUCGAGCUGCCUUUCCAGAAGCGAUGGGGCAGAUUCCCAAGGUCUUGUCCGAAGGAUGGGCGAACCCUGCCGGCGUGGGGAGCUCCGAAAGGCGAGUCGGGGAAGGAUCUUACCAGACCAGCGAGGAGGUGAUGCGCCUCUUCCGCGAGCAUGACGAAGUGACUGCAGGCAGGAGCAGGCAGGAGCUCCAGGAGAUUCUCAAGGAGUUCAGCCUUGUGGAGGGCCCCGUGCGCUUCCCUCCCACCUACCGGCUGGUGGAAGGACAAAGUUCCUAUGACCUCGAGCGCCAGCCAGCCUGGUGUGACCGCGUGCUCCACUCCAGGGUCAGCGUGGUCAGAAAGAGCUACUGUGCACUGGGCCAUUUGAACCACACAGACCACCGCCCUGUUUGUGUGAUGCUUGAGUUGCUCCUACUAGCUCUUCCUCGGGCAGCCGAGAGCCCCACACGGACCCCGCCAAGCACGAGCCCGUCGCCUCUGCCCGAGGCCGUUGCGGCCUCGCCGCAGGCUGGGGCUGGGCCGUUCGGCCUGGGGCCAGUGAGCCCUGUGACUACAUCGGAGGCUUCCCUCACGCCGGCUGCGGUGACUGCACCGACGCUGCCACAGGACUUGUUGGACUUCGAAGACCCGCCACAUGUACCUUCCUCACCGAAAACGCCGAUGCAGACGCCGCAAACCCUGCAGACAGGACAGCUGGUUUUGGCAAAGUUCCAGACUGGCUGGUACUUGGCCAACGUUCUGCGAUACGAUGGCAUCACUGCAGAUGUUGCUUGGUUGAGACCUCCAGGGACCGUUUGGGGCAACAAGGAAGAGAUGCAACGCUACCUGUGCUCCACUGGAGCAGACGAAACGCUGCACGGAGAGAAGUUGCACAUCGCGACGCACGUCAGGUCCAGCAGGCACCGCUCAAGCGCAUCCGCCGCAUCCUUCAACCUCGCCCUCGAUGAACUCGAACUCCGUCUCAGUGGACUUGCUCGGUUGACCUUUGUCGGCCAGCUCUCCAGAGAUGUGAAGAUCCGCGAUUUGAAGUCCACUGCUGCACAGAAGAUCUUCCAGGACAAGCUGGCGGCCCCACUCAUUGAAGCAAUUGGCGAAUAUUUCGAGCUCCCGCCGCAGAACGUGGUGGUGGAUGAUGCGUUCAUCGUCAGGUAUGCCACAGACUCUCAAAGGGGGCUGUCCUUUCAUCGGGACGGUUCCAUCGUCAGUUCGAUUGUGACCCUGUCUGACGAGAACGAUUACGUCGGAGGUGGCACCGAGUUCUUGGACGGCAGCGUGUAUCGGCCAUCCCAAGGUGGCGGAAUCCUUUUCGGAGGCCAGCGACUCCAUGGCGGUGUGGAGAUCGAACGCGGGGCUCGUUAUAUUUGCACCAUCUUCUUCAAGUGUGGCGGGCUCAGCUGCCGAGACCUGGCUGUAAAGAAAGACAAGGAGGAGGAGGGAGAUCCAGGCAUCUGGGGUGCCCUUGCCAACAUCAUGGGGGUGGGCCAGUGA